AUGUCUGGAAUCACCGUAACCUCGGACUGCGGAGAAUGCUCGACGCCUGCAAACCAGCCAAACAGCACGGAUCUGCAUCCUAACCAACACAUCGAUGACGACGAUGAACUUUUAAAGUACAUUUGGAGAGAGUAUUUGCAUCCUAAACAGUAUGAAUGGGUUCUUAUCGUUGGAUACAUUGUUGUGUUUUUUGUUUCUCUUGUUGGAAACACACUUGUUUGUUUCGCAGUGUGGAAGAACAGACACAUGCGCACAGUCACCAACUACUUCAUAGUGAAUCUGUCGUUCGCUGACGUGCUGGUCACGAUCACCUGCCUGCCCGCGAGCCUGGUAGUGGAUAUCACCGAGACGUGGUUCUUCGGGAACACUCUAUGUAAAAUUCUACCUUAUCUACAGACGAUCUCCGUGUCGGUGUCGGUGCUGACCCUGAGCUGCAUCGCGCAGGACCGCUGGUACGCCAUCUGCCACCCGCUCAUGUUCAAGAGCACGGGCAGGCGGGCGCGCCGCAGCAUCCUGCUCAUCUGGCUGGUGUCCUGCGUCAUCAUGAUCCCCCAGGCCGUCGUCAUGGAGAGCAGCAGCCUGCUGCCCGAGCUCACCAACAAGACCAGCCUCUUCACCGUGUGCGACGAGCACUGGGGAGCCGAGAUCUACCCCAAGGUGUACCACACCUGCUUCUUCAUCGUAACGUAUCUGGCUCCUCUGUGUCUGAUGGUCCUGGCUUACAUCCAGAUCUGCCACAAGCUCUGGUGCCAACAGAUCCCGGGGACGUCGUCGGUGCUGCAGAGGAAGUGGCGGUCUCUGCAGUGCUCCGCCCAGGCCGGCGGCCCAGGGGAGUCCGUCCGCGUCCGUACGAGCGCCGUGUCGGCGGAGGUCAAGCAGAUCCGAGCACGCAGGAAGACGGCGCGCAUGCUGAUGGUGGUGCUGUUGGUGUUCGCUCUGUGCUACCUGCCCAUCAGCCUCCUCAACGUCAUGAAGAGGGUCUUUGGUACCUUCAAGAAGACCAACGACAGAGAGACAGUCUACGCUUGGUUCACCUUUUCUCACUGGCUGAUCUAUGCCAACAGCGCAGCCAAUCCCAUCAUCUAUAACUUCCUCAGCGGGAAGUUCCGAGAGGAGUUCAAAGCGGCGUUCUCUUGCCGCUGUUUCGGGCGCGGUCCGAGACCCAAAGAGUGGAUUCAGGCCAGGAACAGCACUGACAGCAGGAAGUCUGUCUCUACUCAGGUCCAGAACGUCGACAGUGUGUCUCGAAUAUCAGACCAGGUAGUUUAA